GUGGUGUCUCCUGGCAGCGCCGUUGGCGACGAAGCUGCCUUUGGCAGCAUGAACCGGCUGUGAGGCGCAGGCCUAGCGGUGCGGGGGCGGGGGGGAAAAGAGGAGGACGCCUCGGUGAAGUUCUCCGCCAUGAACCUGAGAGGCCUCUUUCAGGACUUUAACCCGAGUAAAUUCCUCAUCUAUGCCUGUCUGCUGUUGUUUUCUGUGCUACUUGCACUUCGUUUGGAUGGCAUCAUUCAGUGGAGCUACUGGGCUGUCUUUGCUCCAAUAUGGUUGUGGAAGUUAAUGGUCAUUGUUGGAGCAUCAGUUGGAACCGGCGUUUGGGCACGAAAUCCUCAAUAUAGAGCAGAAGGAGAAACAUGUGUAGAGUUUAAAGCCAUGUUGAUUGCUGUGGGCAUCCAUUUGCUCCUACUGAUGUUUGAAGUUCUGGUUUGUGACAGGAUUGAAAGAGGAAGCCAUUUUUGGCUUCUGGUCUUCAUGCCAUUGUUUUUUGUUUCCCCGGUGUCUGUUGCAGCAUGCGUUUGGGGCUUUCGGCAUGACAGGUCACUAGAGCUAGAAAUCCUGUGUUCGGUCAACAUUCUCCAAUUUAUAUUCAUUGCCUUAAGACUGGACAAGAUCAUCCACUGGCCCUGGCUUGUUGUAUGUGUCCCUCUGUGGAUUCUCAUGUCCUUCUUGUGCCUGGUGGUCCUCUAUUACAUCGUUUGGUCUGUUUUGUUCCUGCGCUCUGUGGACGUGAUUGCAGAACAACGCAGAACACAUAUAACCAUGGCACUGAGCUGGAUGACCAUUGUUGUCCCUCUUCUUACUUUUGAGAUCCUGCUGGUUCACAAACUGGAUGGCUACAAUGCUUUUUCCUGCAUUCCAAUAUUUGUUCCCUUAUGGCUCUCAUUGAUUACACUGAUGGCAACAACAUUUGGACAGAAAGGAGGAAACCACUGGUGGUUUGGUAUUCGCAAAGAUUUCUGCCAGUUUCUGCUUGAAAUGUUCCCAUUUUUGAGAGAGUAUGGAAACAUUUCAUAUGAUCUGCACCAUGAAGAUAGUGAUGAAACAGAAGAAACCCCAGUUCCAGAACCUCCUAAAAUUGCACCUAUCUUUCGCAAGAAGGCCAGGGUGGUCAUCACCCAGAGUCCUGGGAAGUAUGUCCUCCCUCCGCCCAAAUUAAAUAUUGAAAUGCCAGACUAAAUGGCCCCACUAGGGCCGGAGUGUGAGUGCACUGGAACACACACUCCUACUUCCCUUGCCCGCAACCCAGGCCUGGAACCUCGGACCUCAAUCUGAAGCCUCAUUUGCCUCCAAUGCAAACCAGCUACUCAUAAAAGAACAUAGGUGGCAAAGACUAAAGGUAUCUACCAAUAUGGAUACCAGUGACACAUGAGAAAAAAAAUCCCUUCCUUUCUGGAUGGGAACCUGAAAUGUAUUCUCAUUCCUGUGGUAUCCACCCAGGGAUGACUGCUGCCUAGGCCUACAGAAGGCACAUCUGUAGCCUGGGCAGAUUUUCUAGUGCUAAAAUUCCUAUCAAAGUAUUGAAAGAUGUGGUUCUUAUGAGACCACUUCCAUUAGUGGCUCAGCUGUGCUGCUUAUAGGUAGCCAGGGGGGACUGUAACUAAGCCUGUACACACCUGCUGUGUUCAGAUACAGCCCAGCCUUGCUUUCCUUGUUCCUGCUAUACAGAAAUUUCCCUUCAGGCAGGAUGAUAGCAGGUUUGCAGGGCCUCAUCAAUGAGCCCUUCCCAAUGGCAUGAUUCCAUGCCUGUAUAGUAUUUAUACAGCUAUUUUAGCAUUGUAAUAAACAGUGUCAAAUCCUAGUUCUGUACAGCAUAUUCUCUGUUAAAGUAUUUUUUUACAAGCUUGUGCUGGAGAUGGAUGGGUUAAGCCAUGGUAGAAGCAGAUGGCUCAACUGCUUUGUCUCAGACAGAUGCCCCACCUUCACUUACCAUAACCACUGACACCCUGGAAUUCCUGCCAGCACAGUUACUACAAGUGAGGAAAGAUUUCUGCUUUUCCAACAUGAGGGGGUGGGAGAAUCGGCUUAAAAUCCCAACAAGUGCCACUUGAGACCAGGACCCUGGAGAAGGUUGCCAAGGCAGUUGAGAAACUGCCAGGGACUCCUGUCAAAGUCCAGAGCAUUCUGCUCACCUUCAAGAAGAACACUACAUACUGGGCAUGCAGAUGCCAUCAUCUGUCAGCAGUUUCUCCAGGUUCUGAUGAUAUAGCCAGUCCAGAACCCAUCAAACAAGAACAAUAACCUUCAGGCUAAAUCAAUUGAUUCAUUUCACAAUGGAAGUAAAGGGAUCCUUGGUCUCCCUGAUCAGGAGGUGCUAUGGGUUUUCAUGGCCACCUGAUCAGUGGCUUCAGUCACACACAAUUGAAGUCUACUAUGUCCCUGAACCUACCCCUGGCACAGGCCUCCAGUGAACCUGUUCUAUUUCAGGAGAAAGGGGAAACAGAAUGUAGCAUUUUUUUUUGCUUGGUCUGUUAAAAAUGUGGUUAAAUCCACUAUUUUUUUUUCUCCUGUAGUUCAAUAAAGUGGUUCAUUUUACAUGUGUA